AUGCCUUUCAACCUGCGCAAGCCGUUUGUGCGGCGCACUACGGACCAUCCUGUUAUUGAGGAGCAGGACCCUGCGACCACCGCCGGGCCUCAGUACGAUGCCGAUGGCAAAGCCGUUCCCAACGUCGAUCAGGAUGCUCAGGAGGACGAUGUUGCUAUCGCCUCUAGCGUUGAUCAGCUGAAGAAGUUCAAGAAGGCCCAUCAGUGGGAUUACAACUUGGACUACGAGACGAUUGAGAACUCUCCCUACUUUGAAGUGAGAGCUGCAGUUCGCAACUAUGAUGAGGAGAUGCCAGCCAACACAAUCCGAGCCUGGGUCAUCGGAAUGAUUGCCACGACUGUUGUAUCUGCUGUCAACCUUCUGUUCUCUCUCCGCAAUCCGUCCAUCACCAUCUACGUCUACGUCGUUCAGCUCCUUGCCUAUCCAGUGGGAUGUGGUAUGGCCAGAGUCCUGCCGAACCGCGAGUUCAACACCUUUGGGGUGAAAUGGAACCUGAACCCUGGCCCCUUCAACAUCAAGGAGCAUGCCGUCAUUGUCAUGAUGUCCAACGUCUCCAUCCAGGGAGGUGUCGCCUAUGCCACCGAUGUGCUGCUCGCCCAGCAGGUCAUGUACAAGCAAAACUUCGGCUGGGGUUUCCAGAUGCUCUUGGUCCUCACGACGCAGUGUCUCGGGUUUGGCAUGGCCGGCAUUGUCCGGCGGUUCCUGAUCUGGCCGGCUGCCAUGAUCUGGCCCCAGACGCUGGCCAACACAACACUGAUGUACACACUCCACGACCACACACCGGCCAACCCUGCUGAAACCAACGGCUGGAGCAUUGGACGAUACCGCUACUUCCUGUAUGUCUUCGCGGGCAGCUUCGUGUGGUAUUGGUUCCCUGGAUUCAUAGCCCAGGGUCUGUCUUACUUUGACUGGAUCUGCUGGAUCGCGCCCAACAACAUGGUUGUGAACCAGAUCUUUGGAAAUGUUGCUGGUUUCGGACUCCUUCCCAUCACGUUCGACUGGACCAUCAUUACGGCCUUUGUAGGCAGCCCAUUGCCCUACCCCCUCUUCUCUAUCAUCAACACACUCAUCGGCGUGAUCAUCUUCUUCCUUGUCGCCGGCCUUGGUGUUUUCUAUACCAAUACUUGGUGGACGCAGUAUCUGCCUAUUGCAAGCACCCAUUCGUUCGACAACACUGGCGCCAAGUAUGAUGUGGCGCGCAUCUUGACCCCCCAGCUGGAGCUUGAUGUCGCUCAGUACAAGUCGUACUCGCCCAUUUUCCUGGGAACGUUCUUCUCCCUGACCUAUGGCGUUUCCUUUGGAGCUCUCUCCGCCGUUAUUGUGCACACCAUCAUCUUCCACGGCGCCGAGAUUCUCGAGCGUGGCAAGCUGGCCCGCAACCAGGACGCCGAUGUCCACCUGAAGAUGAUGAAGAAGUACGUGGACACGCCGAACUGGUGGUACUACGCCCUCUUCGUUAUCCUUUUCGCCAUGUCCCUGGUCACUGUCCUGUACUGGGACACCCACCUGACCUGGUGGGCAAUGAUCAUCGCCAUGAUCAUCUCCAUUGUUUUCCUGGUGCCUAUUGGCAUGGUUCAGGGUAUCACCAACACGCAGCUUGGCCUCAACGUCCUCACGGAAUUCAUCGUCGGCUACAUGCUCCCCGGCAGGCCCCUCGCCAUGAUGUUGUUCAAGACGUACGGGUACAUCACCAUGGCCCAGGCUCUCUAUUUCCUGCAAGACAUGAAGCUCGGCCACUACCUCAAGGUUCCGCCUCGUGUUACCUUCACCGCCCAGGUGUCGGCCUGCCUCUGGUCCUGCAUCGUCCAGGUUGCCGUCUUCAACUGGGCCCUCGGCUCCAUCGACGGCAUCUGCGACUCUGACCAGCCCAACGGCUACACUUGCCCCGGCGCCAGCGUCUUCUACACGGCCUCAGUCGUUUGGGGCGUGGUCGGACCCGGCCGCGUCUUUGGCGCAGGCAGUAUCUACUCGGGCCUGCAGUGGUACUGGCUUCUGGGCGCCAUCCUCCCUGUCCUCACCUGGUUCGCCGCGCGCCGCUUCCCCAGCAGCCCGAUCCGCUACCUACACUGGCCUCUCAUCUUUGGCGGCUCCGGCCAGAUCCCUCCCGCGACCGUGUACAUCUACCUGUGCUGGAGCGCCGUGGGUAUCUUCUUCAACGGCUUCCUGAAGAGAAGGUUCAAGGGCUGGUGGGCCAAGUACAACUAUGUCACGUCCGCCGGUCUCGACACGGGCCUGUACAUCUCCACCCUGGUCAUCUUCUUUGCGCUGGUCCUGCCGCAGAAGGUCAAUGCCCCGCAAUGGUUCAUGAACCCGCGUGCGGAUGGCAACCCCAACAUCACCAAUGCGUUCAAUAACCUGGACAGCAAUGGUGCUGCUAUCCCUCUUGCUGUCGCUGAUGGAGAGACGUUUGGGCCUGCUACCUGGUGA